AUGGUUCUCCCCAUAUUAAUUGGAUGUGGAGUCACAGUUUUAGCAUUAUCAAUACAAUCUUCAUUCAGAGCUUGGAACGUAUACAAAACAUUGACUCCAAUCACAAUUGCAAAAUUGAAUGGAAUCAAAUUUAAUCAAGUCCAUUCCGAUCUCUCUAGUGAUCCAAGGUUCUUAAGUAACAACAUAAACCCCAUCCUAAGAAAAAACUUGGAACAAUACUAUGGCGGGUUCGGUCAUAUCAUGAAUGAGUCUGAAGCAUUGUUGAUCUUAAAUAUUUCUUCCGAAGAGAUUAAAGAUUUGGAUUCAGAGAUGUUGAAAAGAAAAUACAGGAAAGCCUUGAUAUUGAAUCAUCCAGAUAAAGGGGGGAGUCCAUAUGUGACUACAAAGAUUAACGAGGCAAGAGAAUUGCUGUUUAAUAGUGUACUGGUGCGUAAGCAAUGA